AUGGGGACGGUGACUGGCGAGCUGCAGGGCGAUGCGUUUCUCCGUGCCAAUUUGGAGUACUUGGCGUCGCUGGAACCACCGGCCAUUUGUCCGGUGUUGCCGCGGCUCCCAGGGGGAUCGGGUCUCCUGCCGGACGACUUUCAGUUACCCCCGACGGCAACAGCGGGCGAAGCUGCGUCGAUUAUCCUGCAGGUGAAUGCUGUGGAGGACGUUUCUCUUCCGAUGGCGCAGCGAUUAAGGGCCAUGGCACCACCCGCAACAGCGGCGGUGCAGGACAAUGAGACGGAACUCCCCACGGCGGUGGGAGACGAGGCGCAGCAGAUUUCAGUGGAUGAAGUGCUGCGUUCUAUGGAAAGUGACGAGCCCGCGUCGCAGCGACGUGGACGUCGUCAGCGUUUGCUUCGGCUAACCCUUACCGACGGCUUCACGAGGG